UCCUAAGAGACAUGCAAAGCUUACAGGAGAUGACUGCAGCCAGGAGUUCUUAUCAGCAGUGCAGGCGUCUGGGUACUGGGUCUCUGGAGCUAUUCUGUUUAUUAGUAAACAAAUGAGGGGCUUGGAAGUCUGGACUUGACUUUGCCCGACCCUCUCGGAAAGCGUGGAUUCCAGUUUUGCACCAGUCAAGUCGAUAUGUGUGAUACACAGACUGACUUCUUACCCUUAGUCCUGCAUGCAUAUAAGUAGUGGCCAUCCCGCCGCUCCAAGUUAAGGUCUACGCAAGAGCAACCUCUCUCUUUCAUAGCACAUCUUUUCUCUGUGUUCCAAACCCUGACACUCAGCUUCCAAGACCGCAAGAUCACGAUUCACAAUGUCGGGACUUCCAAAAACCUUCAAGGCGGCCGUUAUCGAGUCCAAGAGCGCGCCCCUCAAGAUUGUCGACCAGGACCUGAAACAACCAGGUCCCGGCCUCGUCCUCGUCAAAGUUCUAGCAUGCGGGGUAUGCCACUCCGAUGUAGGCAUGGCAGAAGGUGGUUUCGGAGACGUUUUCCCACGGAUCCCGGGCCAUGAGAUCAUUGGCGACGUGGUGGCAGUGGGCGAAGGCGUGAGCCGGUUCACAGGCGGAGAGCGUGUUGGAGGUGCUUGGCACGGAGGUCAUGACGGAACGUGUCGACAGUGCCAAAAGGGGUUCUUCCAAGCCUGUGAUAACGAGACGAUUAAUGGUGUGUUCCGGGAUGGUGGGUAUGCCGAGUACGUGCUGCUCCGUGCCGAGUCGGCAGUCCGGGUGCCAAAGGACGUCGAUCCUGCGGAAGCAGCACCACUUCUUUGCGCCGGUGUUACCGUUUUCAACAGCAUUCGCAAGAUGCAAAUCGAGCAAGGCAAUCUCGUUGCCAUUCAGGGUCUCGGCGGCUUGGGUCAUCUUGGCGUGCAGUACGCCAGUCGCAUGGGCUACAAAGUCGUGGUCCUGAGUUCCGGGUCUACGAAGAAGGACUUUGCGAUGAAGUUGGGUGCGCAUGAGUACAUCGACUCGAGCGCAACAGACCCCGUCAAGGAGCUUAAGAAACUAGGAGGUGCUGCUUUGAUCCUUGCGACAGCACCCAACCCCAAGAUCAUCUCGCCGCUUACCGGUGGUUUGCAGCCAGGCGGCAAGCUGUGCGUUUUGGCGCCUGUCGGAGGCUUGGAGGUCGACACGAUUGACCUUAUCGUUGGAGGCAAGUCGGUUUGUGGAUGGCCCAGUGGACAUCAGAUGGACUCGGAGGAGGCCAUUGACUUUGCAGCAACACACGGCAUCAAGUGCAUGGUUGAGAGAUUCUCACUGGAUGACGCGAAGAAGGCUUCGGAACACAUGAUUUCUAACAAGGUGCGCUUCCGGAGUGUGCUGGUUAUGGGUUGAACGUCUCGAAUUAAGGUCGUGCUGGUGAGCAUUGCGAUUGCAGACUUGAAUUGGCGUUGAGGAAAUGAUGUUAAUGAUGUCGGUGGGAAUGGUGGUAUGAAUGAUGAGAAUGGAGUAUGAAAUUGCUUAGUUCCAGAGCAGCAGUGAGCGUGUAACUAAAAGCGAGAGUGAGAGUGAGACUGUGAAUGAGACUGAGAGUGUGACGAAAUGUGAGAAUGAAUGAGUUUGGUGUGCCC